AUGUUUUUCGAGGCUCGGCUUAUCGGACUAUAUAGUACCUGGGUCGACGACCUGGUCUUUGGUCGAGAUACCAAGAUCAUCAUCAAAUCCCGAGGGCCUUUGCACAAUGACCGCGCCUACCUGGAAAGAUAUGAUAUCGAAAAGAUCAUAUCUAUUAUCGUUUCUGACAUCAUCAACCGUGACACGGUUCAAUUUGUUUCGCAGCUGUACAAUGAGGACCUGAACGGCGAGCCCUAUUUCUAUGAGGACUAUCCCGGUGUGCGGACUUGGGAGUAUGAUGGAGAUGAAUAUCAAGUUUUGCUAGGCACGCAGAUUGGGAAAAUCGCCGCAUCUUUCGUUCUGGGGGCAUUCACCAGGGGCAUUCACCGAAUUUGCCGAGUUGUUACUUGGAUCAAUGACAGCCUUAUUUGCAUGCGAUUUGAUAUUGAGGCUGUGGGCUAA